AUGUUCAUUACAAUCAGUACAGGCUCUUGGCUAGUUCUCGCAUCUCAAGUCUUCGCGGUCAUCAUCCAUAGCCUUGCUAAAUUUCUAGAGACAACUGGCGAUGUGGAACCAUUGCAGAUUCUUCAGGUCCGAAUGUUCAUCACUCUUGGCUUGAACUCUCUUUCCCUCCUUGCUUGGUCACCCCUUGAGCUUCCACUUGGCAGUUGUUCAAUCGGAGGUUUACUAGCCACUCGAGUGCUGGGCGGAAUAUGUGGCUCAUUUGGAUUUUAUUACUCUUUGCGAUACUUGUCGCUGGGCGAUGCGACUGUCAUAAAUCUCCUUGCACCUCUAGGAUCUAGCCUCCUUCUUAGUAAGAGGAUAGACUUUACGCGCAUCGCUUCAGUGGUGAUCUGUAUCCUUGGUGUUGGCUUAAUUACCAAACCAAGUUUCGCUAUGGACUUGCUCUCUCACGUCAAUGAGACAGACCAAUCUGACUCCCGUAUUGGCUUGAUAUUUGCGUUCACAGGCGUUCUUGGUGGAGUGGUACAUCUAUAUUCAUGCACAAAACGCGGCAGAGUUUCCACUAAUUCCAUCUCCUAG